ACGCUAGCCUUCUCGUGUUACCUUAAGAGGAACAUUUCUUGAGAAGCGAAAACUUUCAUUGCAACAGUCUCUGCACGGACGCUCARCUCUCUUCAGAAAUGAAACUGCAGAUUUUCUUAGCUUCUGCUCUGGCGUUUCUCCUCAGGACUUCAGCUCUCCAACAUGAUUUUAUGACGUCAUYCAAGGAUGUGACGUCACUUGACAUCAGCAACGAGGAUCGAGAACUCGAACGUUUGAUGGAUUUAACUGAUCAUGAGCUUAGCAGUGAAGCACAAAGACUACAGUGUUACAGCUGCGCCAGCACAGAAUCAUGGGAAGACUGCGAACACAACCAAAUCCUAGUUGGAUGUCCCAAAGCCUCGACCCGAUGUAUCACUGGAUCUWUUACACUCAAGAAACCCCAUGGUCCAAUGAUUACUGAAUACUUCAAAAGUUGCGUGUCUACAGAAAAAUGCUMCACCCAGCACUUCCCAGCAUGCUUAGCAGGGUCUAAAGAAUCUGCGCAGUGCUCAAUAGAUUGUUGUGACCAGAGAUACUGCAACAAAGACGUCUACCAAGGGCCAGGCAUGGCUUUCAAGGGUGGCCAAAGUAAUGAUUUCAAGCAACUUGAAGAGAGAGAAAAUAAAAGGCAAUUCUCUUUCAACUGUCAACCACCAUGUUUAAUCUACGCCACCGUCACCCAGAUCAACGGCAUCGAGUUACAAACCUCCCGAAAAGUACAAGGAAUGACGUCACUUAAAGACGUCAGAGCCAUCGACGUUGACGUGGCAACACAGAGCCUGUACUGGAGUGACAAGAGCGAACAUGUGAUCAAAAGAUCGAAUCUCCUUAGUGGAGCUACUGAGGUUGUAAUUGGAGGAGAGARUGGUGUUUAUGAUGGAAUAGCUGUAGAGUGGGUUGGGAGAUUAUUGUACUGGACCGAUUUGGCGCACAAGAGGAUUGGAGUGGCGAARCUUGAUGGCUCGUCCAGGAAAACUAUCAUCGAUCAGAAUAUAGACAAGCCACGAGCUAUUGUAGUGGAACCAGAACAAGGAAUCCUCUUCUUCACCGACUGGGGAGCAGCACCUCGCCUCGAACGAUCAUCUCUAUCCGGCCAGKAUCGUCGUGUUCUCAUCUCUACAGGAAUAAGUUGGCCAAAUGGACUAGUCAUCGAUUACCCCAACAAGAAACUCUACAUCUGUGAAUCAUACCUUGAUCGUAUAGAGUCAAUAAACUAUGACGGCUCUAGUAGGCGUGUUCUGUACAGUGUACCCAACAUCCACCCAUUUGAUCUUGCUCUGUACGACWCCACCCUAUUCUGGGGUGACUGGCAAAGUAGGUCGAUAGAAAAGGUUGACGUUAUUACUGGAAAGAGACUGCCAGGAAGUGGUGUGGUUUCUGAAGAUAAGGUGUUGGGAAUGGCUGUGUUAGGCAAGGCUAGACAGCCUCGAGUAACAUCUCGCUGUUCUCUCGGUAAUGGCGGAUGCAGCCAUCUUUGCUUUACAACUGGAAUACGAACACGUGUCUGUGGCUGUCCUAACAAUGUAACACUAUUGGCAGAUCAGAGAACAUGUGACCUGGGAGUAACAACAACGGCAAGCAAAGUGUCAACGGCUACAACUGUAUUAACAAGCACUACAGGACUUCUCACGACUGAACUAACUACAGUAAGACAAACUACGACAGAACAACAUACAACUGAAACAACAACAGAACAACACACAACUGAACCAACUACAGAACAACACACAACUGAAUCAACUACAACAAUGCUACCUAUAACAACUGAACCGACAACUAUGCCAACUACGAAGCCACCUACGACAACUCAAAAACCAACAACAGAAGCAAAAACAACACAGAAGACAACACAAACACCAACACAAUCUACAACAACAACAGCUGCAACGACCACAAAAGAAAUAACUACAAUACUACCAACAACUCAUCGCCAAACUGUUACAUCGCCACCUAGUACGAAAAUACGUCUUGCAAACGGCGCCUCUCCCACUGAAGGGCGCGUAGAGAUUCAACACAAUGGAAAAUGGGGGACUAUCUGUGAUGAUUACUGGGACCUACGAGAUUCUACUGUAGUGUGUCGUAUGCUUGGAUUCCCAG